GCCCCGCCCCUUCCGCCGCCGCGCGCCACCGCCCCGCCCCUUCCGCCGCCGCGCGCCGCCGCCGGCCUCAGGUACCGCGCGCCGCCGGGUCGCUCUGCUGUCCGGUCGCCGCCAUGAACAUCCGCAACGCGAGGCCCGAGGACCUGAUGAACAUGCAGCACUGCAACCUGCUGUGCCUGCCCGAGAAUUACCAGAUGAAGUACUACUUCUACCACGGCCUCUCGUGGCCUCAGCUCUCCUACAUCGCUGAGGACGAGAACGGGAAGAUCGUGGGCUACGUCCUGGCCAAAAUGGAAGAGGACCCAGAUGACGUGCCGCAUGGACACAUCACCUCUCUGGCCGUGAAGCGUUCCCACCGGCGCCUCGGCCUGGCUCAGAAGCUGAUGGACCAGGCCUCUCGGGCCAUGAUCGAAAACUUCAAUGCUAAAUACGUGUCCUUGCACGUCCGGAAGAGCAACCGGGCCGCACUACACCUCUACUCCAACACUCUCAACUUCCAGAUCAGCGAGGUCGAGCCCAAGUACUAUGCAGAUGGGGAGGACGCCUACGCCAUGAAGCGGGACCUCACCCAGAUGGCUGACGAGCUGAGGCGGCACCUGGAGCUGAAGGAGAAGGGCAGGCACGUGAUGCUGAGCUCCAUCGAGAACAAGGUGGAGAGCAAGGGCAGCGUGCUCCCAGGCUCGGGAGACGCCUGCCGCGAGGAGAAGGGCCUGGCCGCCGAGGAUAGCGGUGGGGACAGCAAAGACCUCAGCGAGGUCAGCGAGGCCACAGAGAGCACCGACGUCAAGGACAGCUCGGAAGCCUCCGACUCGGCCUCCUAGAGAUCCUCUGCCUGCGGUGGCGUGCCCUGCCUGAGCUUUCCAAUAAAGCACAUGAGGCGUCGGCCUG